CACACACGAAAAAAAUGUCUGAAAAAUAUAAAAAUUUAAAAGUAAAAGAACUUCAAGAACUUUUACAAAAAAACGAUAUGCCUUAUACGGGUAAAAAAGAAGAUCUCGUGGAGAGAUUAGUUAAACUCGACGAACGUAAAGCAAUGGAAAAUCUUGAAAAAGAGUUUGAACUCGAGGACGAUUUUGACGAGUCAAAAUUAAUUCUCACGGAGGAUAUUCAAACCGAUGCCAUCUUUUCUUCUCUUAUUCUUGAUAAACCCGCCUUUUAUGAAAAGGAAAGUGUUUUAUCUGACGAUGAAGAAGAUUUGACCCCCGUUGCAGUCGAAAAGAAGUCAAUUUCUGUCAGUCCCAAAGUAAAAGCGGUGACCCCACCUGUCACAGAACCCGUCAUUCCCUCACCCACAACCACCACCACCACCACAGCCACCACAGCCACUGCUGUUGAAAUCACCUUACAAGAGUCCGUCACAUCCACUGAAGUAGCUCCUGCUUCUUCUUUCAAGUUUACACCCAUCACAUUCGAAAGUAAAACAGUCAAAUCUGAACCACUAAAGAAAUCAACACCUGUAAAGAAAUCAACCGCAGCAACACCAAAGACUACAACAAAAUCCGCCAACACGAAACCUUUUCCUACUACUAAAUCCAAUUCCAAGCCCGUUGUCUCUAAAGCAUUCGGUUCCAGAAUUCCAGCACCUAAACCAUCCAAAUCCACCACGGUCAAUACCCCUCCCAAGUCAAAUAUCAGACCUACCCGAUCCACCAAAACUCCCCUCCCCAAAUCCACCAAAUCAAACAAGGAUACCAAAUCCACUCCUACCCCCAAGGCUAAGGCUGCCCCUACCAACACCACAACUACGGCUUCUCUUGCUGUCCAAGAGAAAAAAGCACCACUUACCGCAGAACAAAUUGAAAAAGCACGCCUUGAAGCCGAACGUAAACUCGAACGAUCCAAGCGUUUCGGCAUCAAGUUGGAUGAGAAGGAUAUGAAAGAAAUUCGUGCUGCACGAUUUGGUAUCAUUGCCACCACCACUAAUAUGGAGGGAGAGAAAAAGAAGGAAAAAGAAGGAAAGCAACCAACAAAGGAAACAGCAGCCCAAGAUAUCUUGAAGAAGCGAGCAGAACGAUUUGGUAUUCCCGAAAAGAAAAUCGUACCUACCAACCACAAGAAAUUAAUGACAGUGACCAAGAACGCAGUGAAACAAGGCAGAGUUCAAAAGAUGGCACCCAAAACAGAACUUAUUAAGAAGGCUGUGACGAAAUCCAAUAUCUUGAACAAGAAACAUAAUAACAUUGCUACUCGUUUAAAUGCUCCCAUCAUGGCUCAAAAUAAACGAACCAUCAUGAAGGGUCGAAAGACGGAUACACCCAUACAAGGUCGUGUUAUUACCAUUGCACCUAUUCGAUCUGCUCCCGUGCGACAAGUCAAGACUUCAGCCAGAGACAUUAUCAUCAAUGCUAAUAAUAAUAUCAGAAGACCCACCAACAAUACAAAGAAACCAGUAUCAAAGGACAUAGGAAACGGAAGAACUGUGACUGUGGGUACCUCCAAUAAUAACAAGAGAAGAAGAGGUCGUGGUCCUGAAUCUUCGCACCAACCACUUGAAAAGAAGAGACGUAAUUAAAACUCCACCAACUCAGUAGUCAAGCACAUGAAGGAAACAACAGAAAAAAAAAGGGUGGAGGGUGUUCAAUAUACCUAAGCAAAUAAUAUAAUCAUGAUAAUAAAAAUUUGGUUUUUUUUUUAUUUUAUUUAA